AUGCCCGUCCCGGUUCCCGAUUACAGUGAACCAGAGAAAAAGGGGAGGACCUCCAUCUCCAAUUCUAGCAAUGCUCUCUCAGACUGCGAGUAUCAUGGCAAUGUCAAGACCUGCAAAAUGAACAAAGCCGGGGCAAUCGUCCUUGGGUGCAUUUUGGGCUUUGUUGCUAUUGUCGUAAUCGUCAUUUCCGUUAUGGCCUAUCGCUCAAAGAAGAAGAAAAAUGCUGCCAAGUAUGACGAGAAGCUCGAGGCGUCACGAAAGGAAAAGAAGAAAGGGAAGAAGGGCAAAGGAGGCAAGAUUCACGGAGGAGAAGGGCACGAAGAUUCCCACUCUACUCACUCGUCGCGCUCCAGCAAAUCGAGCCGCUCGAGCGAGGACCGGAACAACGCCGUCACAGAGACGGCCGCGAACCAAGGAGACGCUGGAGAAAAGAGCAGUAUCAAGAGCAACGAAAAGCGCGACGUUGACUUUGGGACGAGCGACGUCCAGGACACGACGGCCAACAACGACUAA